GAAACCUCUCGAGCCGCAGAAGCAGAAAAACGCGCUAAACAUGGAGGUUGAUAUGGAGCAGGAGCCCUGCAUCGCAUCCAGCAGCACGGCCCCGGAGAGAGCCGUGGAGAGAACCGCGGGCGCGUACGAGCUGCCCUGGGUGGAGAAGUACCGGCCGCUCAAACUGUGUGAGAUCGUGGGGAAUGAGGAGACGGUAAGCCGCCUGGAGGUGUUCGCCCAAGAAGGAAAUGUGCCCAACAUCAUCAUAGCAGGGCCUCCCGGCACUGGGAAAACCACCAGUAUCCUGUGCCUGGCCCGGUCCCUGCUGGGAGCCUCCAUGAAGGACGCAGUGCUGGAGCUGAACGCCUCCAACGACAGAGGUAUUGAUGUGGUCCGAAAUAAAAUCAAGAUGUUUGCUCAACAAAAGGUGACCCUCCCCAAAGGACGACACAAGAUCAUCAUCCUGGACGAGGCCGACAGCAUGACAGACGGUGCUCAGCAGGCUCUGCGGCGCAUCAUGGAGAUCUACUCUAAAACCACACGCUUCGCUCUGGCCUGUAACGCCUCAGACCGAAUCAUUGAGCCCAUCCAGUCACGCUGUGCCGUGCUGCGCUACUCCAAACUCAGCGAUGGCCAAGUCCUUGCACGCCUGCAGCAGGUCGUCCAACAGGAGGGGCUGAGUGUGACCGAUGAUGGGCUGGAGGCAGUCAUCUUCACCGCGCAAGGGGACAUGAGACAGGCGCUGAACAACCUGCAGUCCACCCACUCAGGCUUUGGCUUCAUCAACAGUGAGAACGUGUUCAAAGUGUGCGAUGAACCGCACCCCCUGCUGGUGAAAGGCAUGCUGGGAAACUGUGUGCAGGGACAGGUGGAUGAGGCGUACCGUGUCAUGGAGCAGUUGUGGAGACUGGGCUACUCCCCCGAGGACAUCAUCGGCAAUGUGUUUAGAGUGUGCAAGACCUUCAGCAUGCCCGAGUACCUCAAGCUGGAGUUUAUCAAGGAGAUCGGCUACACUCACGUGCGAGUGGCUGAGGGGGUCAACUCUCUGCUGCAGAUGGCCGGUCUUGUAGCCCGGCUGUGUAGCAAAGCAGCGCCCCCUGCAGCCUCUUGAGGAGUUCUGCAGAGGACAGAGCAUUAAAACUGGACUCUUUCGCAUUCCUAAUGUUGGAAUAUCCUGGUUGGCCAGGCGAGGCCUGGGUUUGGGGUCAAUCUACACUUCAGUCUGCUCCGUGGUGUGGUUUUUUGCCUUUACAGUUUUCUCACCUGUACCUUCUGCACAGGUCCGUGUGCUGCAGGGUCCUGUGCUCACUGAAGUGUGGGCCACAUGUUCAUAUGAAUAAAACCAUUAAAACUUCA